AUGUUGUUCUCUGCUGCUCGACUUGUUUUUGUCGUUUUUUUACCUGUGAUUCUCUGCCAGCUUCCAUUCGAUUCAGAAUACCGAUUUCACGAUGUGAAGAUCUUUGGUGAUUCUUACUCGGACACGGGUAAUCUUCACAAGCUGUCUAAUGGUCUUUGGCCUAUACCACCAUAUUACAACGGUCGCUAUUGCAACGGUCCGAAUUGGGUGGAUCAAUUGCAAGGAUCCUGGUUGGAACAAUUGAAAGGAUUCAACGUAAAAAGUUAUGCCUAUGGAGGCGCAACAACUGACAACAAUUUCGUUCAGGGCGCUGGAGCGUUCGGUGCUAUUCCUGUACCCUCAGUUGCAGAUCAGGUUGAAUUCUAUUUGAAUGAAGAUCGUUGGAAUAAGAUCAAUUUUGACCGCACUCUCUACAUCUUUUGGGCUGGUGGCAACGAUUUUGCUAACAAACCGACUACGCCUCCUCCUGCAAUCGUGGCUAGUCUUUUGAAUAGUGUCAAUAAAUUAGUGGCAGUCGGUGGUAAACAUUUUCUUGUCUUCAAUGCAGUACCAGCUCAAGCGGUUCCAGCAAGCGCAGGGCUCGCACCAGAGGCCACUUUAGCCUACCUUACAGGUUUGUCCAAUAGUGCUCUGACAGCUGAUCUUGCAACGAUGCGACAAAAUUAUCCACAAGCAAACUUUAGCAUCUUCGAUAUCAAUUCACUUGUCUCGAAAGUUGUUGCCAGCAAGUCGGGCUACUUUACAAAUGCAAAGAACAAUUGUUGGAAUUCUGUGAAUGCAACCACAAUAAUACAGAUCUGCACAAAUCCUGACAAAUAUGUCUUCGUCGAUCUUCAGCACUUUACCGAACCUAUGGCUGCAUUGAUUGCCAAUGCUGUUCGUCAAUUUGUUCUAACUUCAUACGACGUCAACAGUUCUGGUUGCUAUGUUCAUGCUGCUUAA